GAACAAAUCACUAAUUUACAACAAGAAGUUCAAUAUUACCAAACUCUUUAUGAAAAUAGAGUAAAAAAGGAUUUAGGUUUAGAAGAGGUUGAAGAUGAAGAAUUGAGUAGAUUAUUAGAGGAAACUAAUGCGGAAAUGGAAAAGUUAAAAGAUGAAAUUCAAGAGCUAAAAGAACUUAAUGACAAAUUAGCAGAACAAAACCAAGAAAUUGAAAAUCUUUCUACCAGUAAAAAUUCAGCAAUUCAGACUGCUGAUGACCAAUUAAAAAUUCAACACCAAGAACAGUUAAGAAAGAUUAAUCUCUUAUUUGAUGAGAAAGCCAAAGAUUAUGAAACCAUUGAUUUUAAUGGUUUAUACUCUUUACUAGUAAAGGUUAAAGAGUCUAGUAAAAAUUUAGAUAUUAUGACUGACAAGGAGGAAAUUAUUAAAGGAUUGGAGGAAAAAGUUAAAGAAUUAACCACAGAGAAUGAGAGGUUAAAAGAAGAAGUAAAUAAGUUUAAAAUGGAAGAAGAAGCAGAAACCGAGAAAAAGGAGGAAGUAGAAUUAAAAAUGGAACCUGAGACUAUUAAGUUUUUAGAUGAGGAUUAUCCGAAAGAGAAGAGGGGGAGUGUUGAGGCAAUAGAUAUUGAUUAUUCAAACUUUAAAGGACAUUUAGAUUUAAGGGAGUUUGUUAAUUUGAAAAAGUUAAGUUGUAAAUUAAAUCAACUAACCAGUAUAGAUUUAAGUAAGAAUGUUAAUUUAAAAGAGUUAGAUUGUUUUUAUAAUCAACUCACUAGUUUGGAUUUAUAUUGCUAUAAUAAUAAACUAACUAGUUUAGAUGUCAGCCAUAAUCCUAAACUAACUGAUUUAUAUUGUGAUGCUGAACUAUUUAUCGAAAACAAAAUAACAGGUUUAGAAAAAACUUCGAUAAUUCGACUUGAUUGUCGUGGUGGUGAUUUACUCCAAAAAAAUAUUAGUGAUUUAAAUGAGUUAGUUAGCCAAGUCAAUCAAGCAACAAUCCAAGAUGAAGAGUUUUUGAAAAAGAUUUUCCCCAAAGGAAUAGAAAUUAAUAAAAGAACUUAUUACCGAAUACUAGACCAAAUAGCCAAUACUAUUCUAGCUCGUUGCUUAAUUAUCCAAAAUCGUUUGUAUGAUGGCAAAGAUGAAGAAUAUGAAAAGCGUUUAGAGAACUUAACCCAAGAGUGA